AUGCCCCAUCGCCUCUACUUUCUACUACCCUUCUUCUCCACCCUUCCCAUCCCUCCCUCUCCCUCCCGCCCCUCCUCCUCCUCCUCCUCCUCCUCCUCCUCCUCCUUCUUUUCCUCAUUCUCCUCUCCAUUCCCCUCCCCUCAUCCUACCCGGACCCCUCCGCCCUUCUCCCCCCUCUCUCCUUUCUCUACUCUCUACUCCACUCUUUUCCCCCACGGUCGUAAGUCCUGCGGUGAGGGUGACAGACAUUCACGUAAACGGCCCAAGCCAUUGGUUGUUUGCUCAUCAAACCCCGUGACCCGUAGUGGACAGCGGUAUCCGUCUGGUGCGAGAAAGCAGCCUAUUUAGGGAGAGCAGUGCUUACCCAUGCGAGGGGCUGGGCAUAAAGGUGCCCUAA